AUGUCAGACCAGACCUUUCUAGACUCAAUUCCUCGGACAUUUGACCAGACGUCUUACCAACCAACCCCAUUGGCCAUGGAUGCAGCCAUCAACGGCGCCUUGGACGCUUUGGACGACAUCCAUUUCGACCUUCAACCAUUCACUGUACAAAAGAUUCUCCGGGAGGAUUCGGCGACCCUCGAACGACGGAGAUUCUCUUGUGAAACUCCACCAACAUCUUCAUAUCAUGCCAUUUCCGAGGAUACAUUCGCUAGUGAUGAAAAGCCACCGCUCUAUAUUUGUUCUCCAUCCUCUGUGGCUUCGAGGGCCCAUGAGCGGCUUCAUUCCAUUUUACCCGAUGACAUCACUGGAACCUUUGCAAACAGUCACGACAGCAACAAUCAACGGGUACAUAGGUGGCUCUCAAAGCUCCCUGAUGUUCCAUGGCUGGACGUGAGUUAUGUUGAUCCCCUUCAGGAAAGCACCGAGGACGAACCCUCAUUGGCGAUAGAUAUUGAACAAUCAAGAGGGCCUCUGCCUGGAACCGAGGGUCUUUUAAAUUACCUGGACUUCCUAAACACAUGCUAUGAUAGCAUCCAACCUACAAGUCCAACAGGCGAAUAUGUAGACCAUGGAAAGCCUGAACUUGAUGCCGAGACGGAUCCGACAACAACCCUCGAUGCAUACCACCAGACCUUGCUGCAAAUCGACUCAUCUUCCGCUUUCACCACAACAAUUGGCCGGAAUUUUCAACCGUCGAUGCGACGACGGUACCCUCGGGGCUUGGAAAAGGAAGCCCGUAGAAGUAUUAGUCUGGUAGCAUCUUCGAGGUCUCACGAGUGA